UCAGGAUAAUUGGGUAAAUGGUAACAUCAGAAAAUCCCAUGGGCAUUCACCCAUUGCUUGACUUUUUUUUUUUUCCUAUAAAAGAAGUUUCUUAUUCAGGGCAAUAUUGGGUGGCUUAUUAUGAUGACAGCAAAUGUGGCAAUGUUAAGUCCAUGGAUGGCAGUAGCAGCAGAAUCAUGGCAUGCAGGGGAAGCACAUCUAUACCCAGUGUAAGUGCCUACUCCAGGAGGGGAGAGAUCUGAUAGAAUUGACCUGCAGCCAAGUUGUUUCCAAGUCCUCCUUACAGAGUGUUCCUUCUAUUAUAUUAUACCAAUGAAUCUCUGGCCUCUGAACUUCUUUCAACACUGGCAAUGGCUGAAGCCACUUUUGAGUUAACCAACCACACAGAACCAAGAAUACCUGACAUCCUCUGAGAGCCAAGCAAAGAACAUUAAGGAAGAAAGGAGGGAUGACACUGGACAGAGUGCAGUGAACAAAGACACUUGAAGGAGCAGGGCACCCACUGCCCAGAGAGUGGACUGUGUCAUCAGAAUGAGAACUUACCGGUACUUCAUUCUACUCUUUUGGGUUGGUCAGCCCUACCCAACUUUCUCAACUCCGUUAUCUAAGAGGACUAGUGGUUUCCCAGCAAAGAAAAGGGCCCUGGAGCUCUCUGGAAACAGCAAAAAUGAGCUGAACCGUUCGAAAAGAAGCUGGAUGUGGAAUCAGUUCUUUCUCCUGGAGGAAUACACGGGAUCCGAUUAUCAGUAUGUGGGCAAGUUACAUUCAGACCAGGAUAGAGGAGAUGGAUCACUUAAAUAUAUCCUUUCAGGAGAUGGAGCAGGAGAUCUCUUCAUUAUCAAUGAAAACACAGGAGACAUACAGGCCACCAAGAGGCUGGACAGGGAAGAAAAACCUGUUUACAUCCUUCGAGCUCAAGCUAUAAACAGAAGGACAGGGAGACCCGUGGAGCCCGAAUCUGAAUUCAUCAUCAAGAUCCAUGACAUCAACGACAAUGAACCAAUAUUUACCAAGGAUGUUUACACGGCCACUGUUCCCGAAAUGUCUGAUGUUGGCACAUUUGUUGUCCAAGUCACCGCAACUGAUGCUGAUGAUCCAACUUAUGGCAACAGUGCUAAAGUUGUGUAUAGUAUCCUACAGGGGCAGCCCUAUUUUUCAGUUGAAUCAGAAACAGGUAUCAUCAAGACAGCUUUGCUCAACAUGGAUCGAGAAAACAGAGAGCAGUACCAAGUGGUGAUUCAAGCCAAGGAUAUGGGUGGCCAGAUGGGGGGAUUAUCUGGGACCACCACGGUGAACAUCACGCUAACUGAUGUCAACGACAACCCUCCCCGGUUUCCCCAGAGUACAUACCAGUUUAAAACCCCUGAAUCUUCUCCACCGGGUACACCAAUUGGCAGGAUCAAAGCCAGCGACGCUGACAUGGGAGAAAACGCCGAAAUUGAGUACAGCAUUACAGAGGGAGAAGGGCUGGACAUGUUCGAUGUCGUCACCGACCAAGAAACUCAGGAAGGAGUUAUUACUGUCAAAAAGGUCUUGGACUUUGAAAAGAAGAAAGUGUACACCCUCAAAGUGGAAGCCUCCAAUCCUCAUGUUGAACCCCGCUUUCUCUACCUGGGUCCAUUCAAAGAUGCAGCUACGGUCAGAAUCAUGGUGGAAGAUGUGGAUGAGCCUCCUGUCUUCAGCAAACUGGCCUACAUCCUACAAAUAAGAGAAGAUGCUCAGAUAAACACAACCAUAGGCUCAGUCACAGCCCAAGAUCCUGAUGCUGCCAGGAAUCCUGUCAAGUAUUCUGUUGAUCGACACACAGAUAUGGACAGAAUAUUCAACAUUGAUUCUGGAAAUGGUUCAAUUUUUACGUCGAAACUUCUUGACCGAGAAACAUUGCUGUGGCACAACAUUACAGUAAUAGCAACAGAGAUCAAUAAUCCAAAGCAAAGCAGCCGAGUCCCUCUAUAUAUUAAAGUUCUAGAUGUCAAUGACAAUGCCCCGGAAUUUGCUGAAUUCUAUGAAACCUUUGUCUGUGAAAAGGCAAAAGCAGAUCAGUUGAUUCAGACCCUACGAGCCAUUGACAAAGACGACCCUUAUAGUGGGCACCAAUUCUCAUUCUCUUUGGCCCCUGAAGCAACCAGUGGCUCAAACUUUACCAUUCAAGACAACAAAGAUAACACAGCAGGAAUCUUAACUCGGAAAAAUGGCUAUAAUAGACACGAGAUGAGCACCUAUCUCCUGCCUGUGGUCAUUUCAGACAACGACUACCCAGUCCAAAGCAGCACUGGGACAGUAACUGUCCGGGUCUGUGCAUGUGACCACCAUGGGAACAUGCAGUCCUGCCAUGCGGAGGCCCUCGUCCACCCCACGGGACUGAGCACAGGGGCUCUCAUUGCCAUCCUUCUGUGCAUCGUGACCCUACUAGUGACGGUGGUGCUGUUCGCAGCUUUGAGGCGGCAGCGGAAAAAAGAGCCUUUGAUCAUUUCCAAAGAGGACAUCAGAGACAACAUUGUCAGUUACAACGACGAGGGUGGCGGAGAGGAGGACACCCAGGCCUUUGAUAUCGGCACCCUGAGGAACCCCGAAGCCAUCGAGGACAGCAAAUUACGCAGGGACAUCGUGCCCGAGGCCCUUUUUCUGCCCCGACGGACUCCAGCCGCUCGAGACAACACCGACGUCCGGGAUUUCAUUAACCAAAGGUUGAAGGAGAACGACACGGACCCCACCGCGCCGCCCUACGACUCCUUGGCCACCUACGCCUACGAGGGCACCGGCUCGGUGGCCGAGUCGCUGAGCUCGCUGGACUCGGUGACCACGGAUGGAGACCAAGACUACGACUACCUUAGCGACUGGGGCCCGCGGUUCAAAAAGCUGGCAGACAUGUACGGAGGCGUGGACAGUGACAAAGACUCCUAAUGCGUUGCCUUUGUCACCUCGCAGUCCGCCGCCCAAGGACCUGCAGUGGCGACGCCCGCCUCCGUGUCCACCGCUCCGCGAAGGCUUCUCGGUGGUGCCCGUUCCCGACGUCGACGGCUGCAGUCCGGGGGGACCCAACGCGAGGGACUUUUUUCUAGUACACUUUUAUGAGCUUCCAAGAGGCAAAGGUUUAUUUUUUAGCGCAUCCAGUUAUCCAUGUCGGUCAGCCCCCCAGGCCCCGUGCUGGAAGAGAGAACCAGGAGUGGUAUUUUCCCUUGCUCUCCUAGGGCGGGUUGGGAACACGCUCAGUGUCACUGGCCCGGCCUCCCUACCACACUCCAUUGACUCAGGUCAGCUGACUGCUCUGGCUGUACAUUUCACACGCUAAUGAGAUGAGGGACUGUGCUUUAACGAUAAAAAUAUAGUUUUAGUGGGAAGAAAUGAGGGAGGAACAACUGUGAGGUUGGUCCGGGUAUAUCCGCUCGCAAGGAGAUGAUGGACUGUGUAUAUUGGGUGUGUUAUAUGGGUGUGUCCCAAAGUAUUUAAAACGGCAUUUGCCUGUCCUAUGUGUUCUUCAAGAACUUUUUCCGGCACCAGUGACUAUUCAAAGCAUCAAAUCCACCAGUGUUUUAAGAUUCUGGGUCCUCUUUAGGACUAGAAACAAAUCAAAUGGUAAUAUUAAAAAACAACAAACAAAACAUAAUGAUAUCUCAUUCCUGGCCACUAACUCAUAUUUUCUUUUUAUAUGUUAAACACACAAAAGUUUGCCCUUGCACCGUAUAAAGAGAAAGGGAAAAUAGCUAAUGAUGUCAACAAAGGAAAUAUUUAGCAUAUUUAAAGCUCGGGCCACCAAAUGUACUACAGAUCACUUAAAAUUACUUCCACCAUCAGUAUCAGUAAACUAAUCACAAGUAAGUCUAAUUGUUUCAAAUUCUCAAAGAAACUUUUCUGAGACAAAUUUUAACUCCUUGUCUGUAGUUGUUGUCAGUAUUAUUCUAAUAUACUGGAAAGUAGCCGUGUGAAGUACAAUUCAUAUUCUUGAUGCUUCGUACACAAUUAAGUUACAUUAGUAAAGGUAGAUUAGAAAAACUCAAAUCCUGCCCUCAGAGUUUAAUGGGGACAUGAGAGCCAGCCACACUUGAACCUGAUAACUUGUCCUGCACAUAUGGAAACAUCUAUAUAUUUAUAUGAUGUGAUAUAGGUGUAUUGUUGAGAUCACAGUGAAAAACUACACAUUACAUGUUUGGAAGAUGCUUACGAAGGGAAAAAAUUGAUUCCCUUCAACGAGAGUGUUUAAGAUGGUAUUAAAAUGAUAGUUGACAUUCAAAAGCAUUAAUAUUUUUCCAUUGUUUUUAACUUCGUUGCUAUGGCAACUCUGCCAUCCUUGUCUUUGAACCAAUGAUAAAGUAAUGGUCUCAAACUACAACAGAAAAGUAAUGUACAAUCCAUCCAAUCUAUUAUUUCUCUAAUUAUGCAAUUAGCAUCAUAGUUAUUAUCCAGAGGACCCAACUGAACUGAACUAAUCCUUUUGGCAGGUUCAAAUCAUUUAUUUCAUAUGGCUGUUCUAAUGAUUUGUAUCAUUAGAAUCUUACAUUGUGCAGUCAUCAGAAAAUUCCAAAGUACUGUAAUGAAAACAUUGUUGUUUCAAAAACUUAGAAAAGAAAAAAAAACCCAGGCUCUGUAUAUAUCUAUAUAUCUAUAUAUCUAUAUAUAUUAUGUACUUAAGAAUAUGCUGACUUCAAUUAUUAGUCUUAGGGAUUUAUUUUCAAUUAAUGUUAAUUUUCUACAGAUAAUCUUAAUGUCAUUUCCAUUUGGAGAUACUGUCAUAUGAGCACAUACUUUCUAUUUGGAACACACUGUUGUUUAGUUAAGUUUUAAAUAAGCGUGUUACCCAGGAAGUAAAGACAGCACCCUUAAAAUAAGAGAAAUGUAGUCUUUUGGGUUAACCAAUUAGAGUGAAAAGUUUUUUAACCAUAUUAUUCCUUGUGUUUCCUGAAUGGCUUCCUAUUUUGUAAUGGACUUCCCUGUAUACUAACAAGUAUUUCAUGUUUUCAGGGUUUUCUUUUGCUAGUUCUUCACACACACACACACACACACACACACACACACACAGGAAUGCAAACAAAAUACUAUGGGAGGGUUUCACUGUAAUGAAUAUCAUAGUCACAGUUAAGUGUUGAAAAAGAUAGCUUAGUAAAGUUAAUUAGUAAGAACUAGUUAUUCAUAGCAAUAGAAUACCACCUUAAUCACAUGACUUACUGUAAAAUUAAAGAGCUCUCUGUCCUUAUGUUUCAUGUCAUGUAAUAAAUUGUAUCAAGAAAGAUAGUCCUGUAAAAAAGAAAGUUAUCAUCAGAAGUCUUCCUUUUGAACUUUUGGGUUAAUUGGAAUGUCUGAGGGUUGACGCUAGCAACUUCCAAUGUUUAACGGUAAGGUUUAUUCUCUCCUCAUAAGUGAAAGUAAGUAGUUCUGUAGUGGAAUGUUUGAGAUGUAAUUGGCAGGUAUAUUAUCCCACCUUGAAGACGGUACAGUGAACCAAGAACAAGUGAAUAUGACUAAAUAUUGAAAUAACUGCUUAAUCUCUUACCAUAAAACCUGAUGAUGAAGUGACUCUCUAAGAAAUUGGAUAAUUUAAGACUAGAGCUGAAUAUUUUAGUACUAGGGUCCUGUAAGUGUUCUCUGAAAAUUAAUACUCUCUGAUGUCAUGGAAAUAAUGAGAGCCAUACUUCCAUCAUUCUGUGUGUGUCUCUCUUCCUUCCCACCAGGAUACCGGGUCAAGGAUCCCAGUGAACAUAAAUGAUUAUUGGAGGAAAAAAAAAUUAGUUUUCAGCUCAGUUUUCAGAAAGUCUCUUUCCUGAUAGUAGAUGUUAGUGACAAGAAAGAUGGCAGGAAAAUGGGAAGAGGUAAAAUUUAAUAUUUGCUUUGGUCACUGAGAAACUACAAUUCAUUCAUUAUAAGCAGAUGACUUUUAUGGAUUGCUUCAAGGACAUUGAGGCCCUUCUGAAAAAUUUUUCCCCUCCAUUCAAAGGGAAGAGUUUCUUCAAACCACUAAGAUGUUCCCUAAAAUAAGCUGGAAUUUUUAAAAUGUUAAGCUGCUGUGCAUAAGUUUACAACCCCAUCACUUCAUGGCCACUUUCUGCUGAAAGGCCUAAACAUUUGUCCCAAAAUAAAAAAUGAAAUCAAAUGGGGGAAGAGAUGGUUCCAUGGAAUCAUAAGUGAGGGAUUCUAGGCACAGUGAAUAAAUGUUUUUUUACAGAGCUUUUUAGCCUUAUAGUUCAGUUGCAUAAAAGGAGUUUCAGAUACAAAUUGACUCCAUUUUCAAAUGGAACAAAACCUGGUGAUUCAAUUUUAACUCAUUAAAAAAAAAAUUGGCUUAGUGUUCAUUUUCAGCUCCAAAAAGUUGUACAAAAAUUUCUUAAAAGUUGAAUCUCUAUCUUGGAAGCAUCCAAAUUUUGUCAAUCCAAGUUAACUUUAGAGUGUUUCCAUUACUUUCAUUUUUAAGUACGUCAAUAUUAGAUGUCCUGAUUUGCUAAGCGAACCUUACAUCAAAUGCUUUGCCUUGAAAUCAGUAUUUCACUGAAGAUAAUAAUAUAUAAACUAUGAGUUAAGAAUUCCUCAAUUCUAUAAACUUGAGGACCACAAAAGUAUAUAGAUGAAAGGGAAGAACAGAGUUGGUUCUUGGGCCCAAACUAAAUAUUUAAAUCAGACACACCUAAAUUAAUUUUCCCUAGGAACCAAACCACCGAAUAAAUUAUCUUACCCUACUCCCUAGUUUUGAAGCAAUAUAAUUACUUUGGAAGAACGCUCUAGAAAGUCAUGAUUCCCCACUAUUUUGAAAGGUAUCCUCUAAAAAGGAUCAUUUUAGAGUAAUUUUAUUCUUUAUGUUUUUGUCUAGAUGAAGUCUUUUUUUUGAAUUGUGACAGGGCCAAUGCUUGACACAGCCAAGCAUUUAUAUUUAACACUAAAACCCAGCCUCCUUUAUCAGGUUAUAAGAGUAGAAAGAUUAAGACUUAGUACAUGGAUCUUCAGGAAGAUGAACUAUUUUCUCAAGUCUAACAAACAACUUUCUUUUCCAGAGAAUACAGAAUUACAGAAUGGUCUCCUUAAAAGUUCAGUGACUAUUAGGUUUGCAGCAUUUUUAAUCUCCCUUUGGCAUCUUUAUGGAAUAGUUUUCUAAAGGGGUAAUUCUCUCUACUAAAAAAUAUCAGACUCUGACCGUAUUCAGUGUGCAGAGGAAUACCCUCUUAUAAAGGAAAUAUGUUGACUCGCACACUUGUUAAAAGUUAAUAAAGAAAUAGCUCAUUUUUAAAGCCAGAAGUUUAUGGUCUCUGCAUCGUCAAUUUAAUUUAAGCAUUACUGAGACAAUCUUUAAUCUACUCCGCAUUUUGUAAUACCUUAUUUAUGAUGCAUUUUCAUUUUUUAAUUUGGGGGGAAUGUUAGUCCGAUAGAUGAAAGUGCCAAAAGGAGGUCAAAUGGAAACAAAGCCUAUUACCCACUGUAUUUCAGACAGGACUGAGGCACUUAGCCUGAGAGCCACCGGGUUAUUAGAUUAAUUUCAAAAGAGCUUUUACAAGUUGCUUAAUUCCAUUUUUUUUUAAACCCAUGGACCACAAACUCAAAUUUCUCUUCAAAUGGGGUUAAUCUGACAAAUGAGGCAUGGACCCAGCGUUGUGGAAAAAGCAUUCCGCUAUAAUGAGAUCUUGGUCUUUCUUGCGAGACAGUGUUAUUUAUGUAAAUAUGUCUAGAGGCACCUUCUAUAAGCUUUUAGUUUUCUAUGAUCUAUUAGUUUAGUGUUUAUUAAGGAAUCAAAUGUAUAGAACUACUAGACAUUCAGGGCGAAUGCUGUGUAGCAAACCAACUUGUCUGCUCGAAAGAAACAUAGGAACACUUCAAAACCACCGUAUUGUUCUGUUUGUGAUUAUUUUCAUUGCUUUGAAAGUAAACUGCCUAAGAAUAGGCCUUAUAAUAAAUACUACGUGCGUCCUCAGUAGUACCAAGCUAAGGCGAUUUGGCAUUCUCCUACUGUGAUUUGUGAUUUUAAAUCCAGAAAAUAAAAGCUUUUUGGUAUUGAUUGUUUUUAAUUAAAAAUACUCCCAAGUAUAAAUUGAAGCUGAUGCCACCCUUGAAGAUUUGCUGGCUGGGAUGCUCAGUCGAUGGCUUUUCUCAGUAUCAUUGGUCCCUGGCAAUGAGAACACCUGAUGGAAACAACCCCUGCUCAGCUUUCAUCCACAUUUCUAGCUGGGGAUAUUUUCAUAACUUCACAGUUUACAUGAGAAAGUUUCCUGUGUUGGAAGGAGAGGUAAGACAAUGACCUUACAGCUCAGUGUGGCCGCGCCUUUUGUUGUAGUCAAAUGGCAAAAAACACGCUCCUUGAAAUGGCUUCUUUUAUUUUCCUUUGUUUUCUUAGACGUAUACAUUUGAAAAGAAUGCAAUUUAAAAAGUGAUUUCUCACAAAGAGUAAAUAUGCCUUUUGCAAAUCAAUUUUUGUAACAAGUUAUUUAUAUGAUAUUACUUAAUAAACUGUUUUUUUUCUAA